AUGCCGGAGUGUUCGGUCUGCAAUUCUGAGAUUACGAAUCGUCAGGAGGUGUUCCAGUCACCCACUUGCAUUGAGGGUCACACUGUCCAUAAGGCCUGUCUGGGUCCUCGAUAUGCAGUUGAACCAUCUUCAUGUCCCACUUGUCAAGCAGUGGCUCAUAGUGUUCAACAACAAGAAGCGGUGGCACCUGUCAUUUCACAUCAAAAAGAGCAUCCACAAGCCCCUGAGUCUAACCCCGAUGGAUGUUCAAUAUGUCUGGAAGAAUGGAGCGAAAUGGAUGAACGGACGGAAUGGCCAGGUUGCGACCAUCUCUUCCACACAAGUUGUGUGGGCAGCUGGCGUAACGUUAAGGAGGACGGCACAUGUCCACUCUGUCGAAGAGAAGAUCCACAACCACUUGGAUACUUGACGGAUGAUGAGGAAGAAGAAGAAGUGCGACAGGCGACUCCAGCCAGAAGUUUUUCACCAGGUGUGGAAAGCGUCAUGGACCGAUUGGCGGGCAUUCAAAACGCAGAGGAAGCGGCAGAAGUAGAACGAUGGGCACGUGUCUUUGAAGCGAGAGAAAGUGCGGCUAUUAGUCAUCGUUUAAGACAGAUGAUGCGCGAAAGGAGGGCACGUUGA